UUCCGGUGAGCACGCAGCUCUACGUCAUGUCUGUUUGAGCAUAAAAACAUCGAUGUGGGCGUUGUGAAGAAGAGUUUUGUGCUUUCUUUGCUAUUCUCCGAAAACUUUGAAAAAUGGUGCAGCAGCUGUCCAAAUCCGGAGCGAAGGACUCGCCUUUGUUAAAGGCUGGACACCCCCCAGCAGGUAAACCAUUUUAUUUGCACAAAUGGUGAAUUGUUGGGAUUUUUCUCCACAUUCAGACAAAGCGAUGUUGUUUUGCAGCGCUCGACGCAUGCACAGAGCCGUGCACAGUGAAAGUCAGCAUUAGUAUUUUAGGUGCUUUUCAACGCUACAGUAUGCAAGAUCCUUUAUUUUCAUCUUAAAAGAGAGAUUUCUGAGUGGUUCGUGGAUUAGUUGGGUUUUAUUAAUUGCAUCGGUGGCGUGUAGCCUCUGCAGCCGUGAUUCACGCACACGCCUUCUUCUCGUGCAGGCCCCUCGUGAAAGUAACACAGUGUUCUCACAGAAUAAAUCCUCAUGUUGGCUCAUUUCGGUGCUUUCAGAUUUACACUGAGGGAACAGACUGUUCCUGGAGGCAUUUCUAUGAUGGUUUUUCUCCAUUAUUUUGUUGUCUGUCCAUUUUUAAUUUGAUUUGUUUUGUUAAGGAAGCAAUAUUGGAUUUAUAAGAAAUGAAUUUUCACGUUAAAGAUGCUGCAUCAUCUGCGCUGUAUCUUUAUCACAUGUGAUGCUUUAAAAUGUGACAAAGUCCAACUGUGUGACUUAAAAUCUCGAGUGUUUGCUUUGGUGUAAACACGACAUUUUUCAAUUUUUAAAUGUUGAUAGUCAUUAGAAUGAAUUCAAUAGUCGAUUAAAAUUGAAAGGGGAAAAAAAAACAAAGAAGAGAUCACAGGCUGGUUUUUGUCCUGCAAGUGUUUUUUUCCCCUCACCCAAAGGUUGUUUUUCCCCAGACCCUGACCCAAAGGGCAGUCAAAUGUAGGCCAGUCCCUCUACUUGAACUGUUGCUACUGCAAAACUAUGUCACUAUAGACCGUCUGGGGUGAAUUUUUUGCUUCUUUUUUUUUGUUUUGUUUUUUAUUUUGUUCUGCCUAAUAAACUUAGCACAAAAGAUGAUUUUUCCAUACCUAAAGAGAGAGGGGUUGGGGUCUCCUGCACAUACCUGCCACUUAAUCAGUGCAUUUUAAAGGAAUAUUUAUUAAAACCAUCUUAUUUUCUUGUCUAAUAGUAAAGGCUGGAGGUAAACGAGUGGCCAAGAAAAGCUUGGAAGACAGUGGCACCCAUGGGACUCCAGAGAAGGAUGCCAAGAAGUCUGACAAAGUGAGGUAGGCCUACAGUUUGCAUUAAGAACAAAGGUUUCAUAAAAUGACAAACUCAUUUUCUUGUUUUGAAAGUUGCUCUUGUGAUCUUGCAGCAGGUCCCUAGCCACCUCCAACAGGAUGCAACAAGUCAGCAUUCUCCUGUCAGGAACUCUAGACAAGGUAAACACAAACUUUCCAGUUGAGAAAGUCACUCCUCAUGCCGUAGAGCCUUCUGGGUAAUAAACUCCUUCCUGUUGUUUCACAGCUGAGCCAUGACUUUCCAGAGACGCCUGUGAGCGUGAGGCACAGCAAAGUGCGGCCUGCGGUGGAGAAGCCCCACUUCCCCCGGACCUUUUUUAUCCAGCAGCCAAGGAAGCAGUGAAGAAUGCGUGUCUGUGGGGGAAAGAAAAAAAGCCCAGAGGGAAUUCUGUAAAGUCAACUGUGAAAGACAAACAUGAAGUGUUGGACAUAAGAGGAGGGGGACUGACAGGUUGUUUGUGAAGUGUCAGUGUUGAGGGAGAAGAGCUUUUAUUAAGCUUCAUAUUUACCUACUAGAGAGUCAAGACCUUUUUUCCAAGCUGUUCUUCUUUGUGAAACUCCAUAAACCAGCAUUUAAUGUUACUUUUCUAGUGUUGUGAGAAAAGUGGUGUAGUUGUGUUUACCAGCUGAUGGAAAAACAGAUGGAUUCUGGGUAUGUUAAUUGUUGGGGGCGGGGGGUUGUAAAGUGAUGUUUGUGAGACAGUUUUUCCAGUGAAAUCUUUACUAUAUAAUGCUUGGCACUUAGUAGAUUUAAUAAAAAAUAUAUUGCAUGGUAUUUCUAGAUUGUGGAUCUGUUUAUUCGGCAAUUAGCCUGUGUGACCACUAGAUGGCAGUAUAUGGCUGUUCAUGAUCUUAAAAGGCUCUUGUUCUUAAACCAAAUAUAUAACCCAUAAAGGUUUAAGUUGGUAACAUUUUUUAGCAUUAAUUUGUGUUUACACAUCACCCCUGCAAUGCUACAACUGAUCCUCAGUUGAAGGAUUUAAAAAAAAUGUGGUUUUGCUUAAAGGAUUAUUUUAUGUAUCCCUUUCAAACUCAAAGUUGUCAGGUAUGAUCCCUGUUUGACAGUAACCUGCUGUAAAACUGUCUGACUGGAAGAGGUCCUGGGAAUUUCCCAUAAACUCUUCUCAGGUCUCGUCACUCAACAAAAAACAAAGACAUUGCUUGAGGGUAUAUUACUCAAACACUUAUCAAGAACAGCUUUCAAAGAAAAGGGGUCAACUCUUAUUUUGAAAUCCUACACUGUUUUCAAAAACGUCACAUUUACAGAGGGGAUUUCACGUUGCAACAUUUCUCAGUGAAAACAUUUUACAUGUACAGUGCAAGGCCUCUCCAUACAUUUGACAACUCGGCCACCCAAAAGUUUAAUGAUGCGCAAGCUAGUAAUCCUGUCAGCACAUGCCUGUUUGAAACACACCUGGGUGUCCCAUUAUGUUCCAGUCAUUUUCCCCUAAACUUGAAAGACAAUACACGUUGUAUAUUUUGUAUGACUAUGGCUAUGUCCCAGACAGACAGGGACAGUGAGGUUGUCGUAAUUUUCUAGGAAUUUAAGAUCUCUAAGUAGUAUUAACAAAAACAUGCCUUGGGUGAAUUAUAAAUGAGAUGGAAGAAAGAGAAGAGGAUUAUAAACAGCUAGUUCCUACUCUACAUUCCUCAGCCUGCUCACUUUACAGCUUUCUUUCAUGUCAUGUAUGCACUGAAGAAUGUCCCAGAUGAGUUUCAAGAACUGUGCAAAGCCAUGCUUGUUCUAAAC